GUUUUUUCGAACCUAUGAUCAGUGGAAUUGGUCGAAGCCAGUCGUGCUUUGUGAGAUCGUGGAGAGCGUGGCCGGAAUUGUGGGCCAAAAGCCCUGGAAUCCGAAGACAAGCCUUGCCGACAAGCAGCACCUGAUGCCAGUCAUCACCCCGGCCUUUCCGGCAAUGAACUCCACGCAUAAUGUCACAGACACCACGAAGCGGAUUCUCCUCGACGAGUUUCGGCGAGGCUACGAGGUAGUGAAAAAGGUGGAAAACAACAAGGCUGACUGGAAGGAAGUUCACAACCCCUUCCCGUUCUUCAGCAACGACCCCUUCAAGCAUUACCUCUGCUUGGAAGUGCUCGCCAAGAGCGCAGAAGCACAUGUCAAGUUCUGUGGCUGGGUCGAGAGCAAGCUGCGCAUUCUCCACAAGACCCUGGAGGGUGCAGUUUCCGGUAUGAUGAUCCAUCCGAACCCUGAGCAGUACGAGCUGAGGAGUGCCGACACUGAAUGGGAAUGGGGCUGCGGCAUGUUCAUUGAGCUGGCCUUCCUGGGCGACCAGGGUUCUUAUGUGGGUCAGACGGUGGACCUGAGGCCAUCCCUUCAUCAGUUCGCCGAAGUGGUCUCCACAUGGGCAGAGAAGGAGACCUACAACUCCGAGUUCAAGCUCAAGCUGAAAACAGUCAAGAGGACACGUCUUCCGGAGUAUGCGCUGAAGGCUGGUAGUGACUGCGCUGCCCACUCUCGAAAUCCUGCUUGCAGAGGCGGCGAAGAGGUCUCGCCAGCACAAAGGAUGACCGACAGCCCCAAGGCAAGGCCCGCGCUCCGCGUGCUCAAGCAGCCUGAAGAACUGAAGCCUCGCAUCACGACAGAGGCUGAUGAGGCCAAGACGACUUCGCCAGCACAGGUGCCCAGCGAAGGGCCUCCGCUGUUGGACGAGACAUGGUUAAAGGUGCUGUCUUUCUUCUCUCCAGCUGAGCUGUGUCGGGUCGGCUUAGCCCAAUGCAAGCUCCAGUCCUUGGCGAACGAUGAGGACACCUGGAAGAGCUUGUGCCAAGAUCGUUGGCGCGGCAAGCAGUGGAUGAAGCCAGGGGAGCUCUUCCGCAACGGCCAGUUCGACUGCUUCAUCACAUGCAGUGGCCAAGAUACGGUACGAAACAACGAUUACCCGCCUCGUGGACCCCAACCGGGACACUACGAAUGCUCCGCGCACUUCUCCAGGAAACAAGACCUUUUGCUUUCCUUUUGUUUGCCACCGCCUGGUAUCCUUCAGUGA